CAGCCCACAUGGCGAUUGUGGGGCGAGGAGAAGGCAGAUGGCGCCCUGUACACGGUUUACCUCAAGAAAGUUCGUUACCAUCGACCGACCAGGAGUUUAUCGUCUUCACACUCGGACUCCGACGACGAAAUUUCCCACCUAGAAUGGGAAACCGUUCGAGUACGGUUCGUCAAAGCGGGGACGUUAAAGAAACUAGUCGAAGCUCUUUCCACCGAUGAUGGAGAAUUGGAAACGACCUACAUCAACGUGUUUUUGGCCACGUAUAGAAGCUUUUCUACUCCUAAGGAAGUACUCAAAUUGCUGCUGCAAAGAUAUGCUGAACUGUCAGAAACGACGCCAAAUGGCAAGCCAGAUCAUCAUGAACAACAUCGGAAAACUCUCAUUUCUGCGUUACACGUGUGGCUCGACAGUUACCCCGAAGACUUCAAAGAUCCGCCCAAUCAUCCUGCCCUUCGUCAGCUGCUCCACUUCUGUGAAGAAUAUUUACCCUCUACUGAGCUAGAUGCCAAAGUACGACAUAGGAUAGAAAGGUAUACUAGAGAAACGCAAGUAGAUCCUCUAUUAGCACCUCCUCCUGCAUUCGCAAUGCGCUCCCUAGCAGCCGGAUGGAGGGUUUAUAAAUUACCAGAUGUACCUGUGCGCCAUUUUGCUGAACAGCUUACAAGAAUGGACGUGGAUUUGUUCAAAAAGCUAGUCCCUCACCAAUGCCUCGGUGCUGUAUGGUCGAGACGGGACAAGAGCAGGUCUCACGAGGCUGCUACAGUUUUAGCUACAGUAAAUCAAUUUAACGCGGUAUCUUUUCGCGUAAUCUCUUCCGUUCUAGUCGAUUCCUCUCUAAGAUUCAGUGAUAGGGCAGCCAUUAUUUCCACCUGGAUAGACAUCGCACAAGAAUUAAGAUUAAUCAAGAACUUUUCCAGUCUGAAGGCAAUUAUCAGCGGGUUGCAGAGUAAUCCUAUAUAUAGGCUACAGAGAACAUGGCAGUCAAUACCAAAAGACAAAAUCGAACUCUUCGACGAAUUGGCUCGAAUAUUCAGCGAAGACAACAACCAAAUGACUCAACGAGAACUACUCAUGCGCGAAGGUACUGCGAAAUUCGCAGAUACGUUCGGAGAAAAUGACAAACAUUUGCAGAAAGUUUUCCAAAAACAAAAUCAUCACGUAGCUAACAUCUCUUUCGGCACCAUUCCUUAUUUGGGAACGUUCCUUACGGAUCUCACUAUGAUAGAUACUGCCAUACCGGAUACCAUAGUAGAGGGUCUGAUCAAUUUCGAUAAGAGGAGGAAGGAGUUCGAGGUGCUAGCUCAGAUUAAAUUGUUACAAGGUGCUGCAAAUGCUUACCAUUUCACGGAAGAUCCAGCCUUCGACCGAUGGUUCGACACUAUUCUAGUCCUAGACGAUCGAGAUGCCUACCAGCUCAGCUGUCAAAUAGAACCAUCCAGUUCUAACAACGCUAAAGUUAAGAAGCGAACAUCGGGACACCAGAAGAAUGAUUCGAUAGCGAGUACUUCGAGUAGCAAUAGCUCGCAGUUUUACUGCGACAUCGACAGCACGCCGAGUUCGCCGCAUAAUAGUUUAGAUAGAAAAUUGAGCCCUUCGCAGAUGUCGAAUUCGAGUAGUAAUUCGUCGCUACCUUCUUUGGAUGUGUCACUAAAUAGCUCGCAUUCGGGCAGUGCAAAUAAUAAACUUCAGGUACCUUUAAACCAUAACAGUUCGGGGACGUUGAGCAACCAGUCGCAGAAAAGUAAUCCAGACUUUUACAUCAUUAAAGUAACUUACGAAACGGAUAGUGUGGAAACGGACGGUAUAGUGUUGUAUAAAAGUAUAAUGUUAAGUAAUAAUGAAAGGACGCCUCAAGUGAUCAGAAAUGCCAUGUACAAAUUAGGAUUGGAGGGGAAUCCGGACCAGUAUACUCUAGCUCAAGUUUUACCAGAAAAAGAAAUGGUUCUUCCUUCGAAUUCCAACGUAUACUAUGCAGUGAAUACACAGUACAACCUAAACUUUAUUUUACGUCCCAAAAAGUCUGAGGAAAAGGACACACCAGGAAAAAACUCGAAGGGCAAAUAUAAACUGUAA